GACCGGAGCGGACCGGACGAACCGGAUUCGAAGGCGAUUUAGCUCCGUCCCCCGUCUCGCACUCGCGUUCGGCGUUCCCCCUCUUCCCCGUCGCGUUCCCGUCCUCCUCUCCCACGCGCAUAGUCGCGUAUCCGCUGCCCCGGCAAGCCAGAAGAAUCUCCAUCCGCUCCGCCGAGGGGGGACGACGAAUCGAGGAGGAUGGCCUCCGACGACGGCAGCGGGAGCCACCUGCCGGAGAAGAAGGAGGAGGUCGCCGCCGGAGCUGGCUUUGACGAUCUGGAGGACCCGCGGUUCCAGUGCUGCGUAUGCUUGGAGCUUCUUUAUAAACCAGUUGUUAUUGGAUGUGGUCAUAUGUCAUGUUUCUGGUGUGUCCAUAAAGCUAUGCAUUUUGUCCGGGAAUCCCAUUGUGCCAUAUGCAGGCAACCUUAUAAUCAUUUUCCAAGUAUCUGUCAACUCCUCCAUCAUUUGCUUUUAAAGCUUGAACCUGUGGAAUACAAAAAAAGGGAAAAGGAAGUGCUCGAGCAAGAGAAGAGUGUGGAUACAUACUCUCCACAAAUCAUUGAGUUUUUAAACUCCAAGGACAAUAACUGUGAAAAUGGAGAAGACGGGGACAGCAAACUUGAAGAUAACAUUAGCAAAACUACUCCAGAAGUUCCAGUUGACAAUGCUAUCAACGGGCACCCAAAGAAAAUAAAGUUAGAGGACGUGUCAUGUGCUCGCUGUAAGGAGCUGUUGUAUCAACCUGCUGUUCUUAAUUGCGGUCAUGUGUAUUGUAUGUCUUGUUUGCCUUUCUUGGAUGAUGAAGCACUGAAAUGUCAAGUCUGUGGAGGUCUUCAUCCCGGAGGUUUUCCCAAUGUUUGUUUAGAUCUCGAACAUUUUCUGGAAGAAUAUUUUCCAGAAGAAUACGAAUCUAGACGCAGGAAACUUCAGUUUGGGAUUACCCAAUGCACUCCUGAAGGAUCAUCUCCAGGUACUUUUUGCACCAAAGAAAGCAUGAAUAGACCAUCAAAACAGGAAACUUAUCUACAGCAGAACAGAGACUUGUCAAAUGUCCACGUUGGAGUUGGAUGUGACUCAUGCGGGGUCUAUCCGAUACAAGGCAAGCGAUACAAAUGCAAGGAUUGCACAGAGUUAGUCGGGUUUGAUCUUUGUGACGAAUGUUACAACACCAGGUCAAAACUACCAGGCCGCUUUAAUCAGCAGCAUACCCCUGACCACAGGAUGGAACUUGAUAACACAGCACUCUACGGUUCGGUCCUGAGGUUCCAAAGGAUACCCGAGGAAGGUCUGAUCGCCGAGUUAGCAUUUAUUGGUCCUGGCGGUAUGGUGCAGGUAGUUGACGAUCAUGAAAUGGAGGACAAUAGUGAGGACGAGCAGGUUUAGAAACCAAAGAAUUUCUAGUACAGCUUAUCUUGAGCUCGAGCCUUGAAAAUUGGGGUCAGAAUACAUGAAUGUAAUCCGGAUUGCGUGUUCCUACGUCUUCAUGGUUUCCUCUCGGGUCAUGCGACGAUUUCUUCUUUAUGCUUUUUGUAAAUCACUGUCGCGUGUGCUAGUGCCAUCAACAUGGAUGUAUUGUAAACAAUCAGGUGUGAGAAGCUGUCUAUUGAUCCCAAUUGGGUGCACAAAUAGACUGAGCUGUAUCCGACUUUGAAGCCAAAGACAAACUUUAUAUGUAACAAUCGCGCAUUCCUCAAAAAA